GUGCGACCUACUUAGAUUUGCUCUAUCAUCCCCAGCAGCACCCAGUGCACAAGCCCUGACGACCCCUCAGCCUGAGUAGCUCGAUUCACGAACUUGAAUCAUAAGGUCGAGUCCUAGUGACAUGCAUAUGGCGACAGAAGCGAUUGUAACCCCACCCGAGACGCUAGUAGCUGAGUCGUCUGCUGAACGUGCGGAGGGUGAAGGUGGCCCAGGAUCUUUGCCCGACAUUGCUAUCAUGAUCGCCACUGCGCCGUUCGACAACUUCUACGGAGACGCCGAUGUCAUCCUACGGUCUGCGGACGGAGCGGACUUCUAUGUCCACAAGAACAUCUUACGAUUCGCGUCCGCGUUCUUUGCGGACAUGUUCUCCUUGCCGCAACCGCUCCAGGCUUCGUCCGAGCCUUCGGACGGCGACAUACUAUCGACAGAUGCCUGCAGCGACUCUACUCGCCCGCUCCCUGUCAUAUCCGUGUCGGAGAAUUGGCACGAUCUCGACAAUCUCCUGCGUAUGUGCUACCCUGUCGAAAAGCCUACUGGUAGAUUCGCCACUGUCCAGGGUAUCUCCCCACUUCUCGAAGGAGCGCUGAAGUAUCAGAUGCGGGAGGCAACGACGGCCCUUACGAGAGAGUUGAUGGCCCUUUGCCCAAGUCGUCCCUUGGAUGUCUUCGCGGAAGCGUACAGUAGAGGCCUGGAGGAAGUCGCAAAGCAUGCAGCAAGAGCCUUCUCAGCUGCUCAGUACGUCGGCAUGGCACAGUCGCGCAUCUCUGACCAUCAGAUCGACGAUUUCGUGCCUGCGAUGGACAAUAUCCCGGCCUCUCUGUACUAUCGCCUGCUGGACUGUCACAGUGGUGGAGGCCACCCCGACAAUAUAUUCCAGAAUUCGGCAGAGAGGGCUAAGGAUGGCGCGGACACUGCCAUGUCCGGACCUCCGCCCUCAAUGCCCUCGCACCCUUUCAAGGAUCCUGCUCAAACAAACAUGGUCAUCCGUUCCUCGGAUGGCAUGGCCUUCUAUGUACUUCGCAAAUUCAUCAGCUUCUCGUCUCCCGUCAUUGGGAGGAUGCUCCGGGAGAAGCAGGAUGCGAACGCUGACUCGGAAGACAACUCAGCCUCCGCGAGUCCAAGGUACUUGCCCCUGCUACAACUCCCUGAGGACGGUCGCACGCUGGCAGUCCUGCUUCAGCUCUGUUAUCCUAUCCCCGACCCCGAGAUGAAACGUACACUCGCCGAUGACGUUCUAAAUGAUGCGUGUCGUCUAUAUGACUCCGCGAAGAAGUACGAGGUCACUAGGGCAGUGGAAUACGCGAAGCGACGUUGCGUUGCGGAGAUCGAUAUCGUGCCCGACCGGGUUUACUUCAUUGCUUCCAAGUACGACUGGGAAGACGUGAUGAAGGAGGCAGCGUGGCAUUCGGUGUACGAAUCGUCCGAUGGCCCACUCGAACGCACGCCGGAGAUGGCGAACGCGACCGCGGCUACGUACCGUCGGCUGCUCCUCUAUCGGCAGAAGUGCAGGGACAUCAUCCUCAAGCACCACAUAGUAUCUAGUAUGGGCCACGACAGCGGGUUCUCCACGUACUGGUGUAUUCAAGAGCCAUGGUUGGACGGUUCAAAGGAGGAGAACUUCUGGAAGGCCAUUCACCAACAGGUUUGGCGGAACACGACACCCCACGGGCUAUCCCCCUCCGCCGACAUUGAAGUGGAGAAUGCAUCGCGCUACCUGCGGUCCGGAACCUCGAUCAUGGCUGUAGCAAGCGCGCUGGCGAAGGUCAAAUUGUAAUGCGCCGCCACCCCCGCGUUCAUCGAACCAAGUGUCAUGAGUAAGCCGUUGGCCUUGCGCUGGUCUUUUUGCCCGGAUGAUUUGUUGCUGCGUCACCGAGAAUAAGAAUCAUGUUCUUGCCUCACAUUACGAACCCGUC